GUGAUGUACUCCAUUCAGGCUGGUGCCAGCACUAAGCCUAUGUCACUUACUACAUCGUGUCAGCAUGGGUCUCGGCUCCGGCUUCUUCGCAGUCUUCUCCGAGAUAUACCACACUAUCACGGCCAUGUUGUCGCAUGCCACUACGGUUUUCCCCGUUGUCUUUACUGGGCUGAAAUCCCAAUGCAGCGAGUCGUCGUCUAUGGUGCUUCUGAUGGUACCGGGACAAUACGUGCUUCGGCGGCAGUCAUGUACACCCAUUCGUCUCGGUCUUCCUCGCAAUCUUCCCUCUGAGAUAGCACACUAUUACGGCCAUGUCGUUGCAUGCUAUCGUAGUUUUUCCCACUAUCUGAAAUCCCAACGCAGCGACUCGGGCAGGAUCCUUGUCAGACGUAUUUCAUCAAUGAUCAGCGCUAUCACUGUGCUGAUUGGCUGCGUCGUCCAGCAGGGCUUGACGUCGAUGAGCUACAAGCCAUGGCAAAAAAAAGGACUAGCGUACCUCAGGGCUGCGCACCUUGAGACUCUGGUGCUGCCUCGGUGGCAAAGGAAGCUGUGA